CCCCUGUGUCUGUUUUCACGGGCUGGUGCGCUCCGUUGUUACUCCUCUUUCAUUUACCCUGUUUUAAAUGGCUGUUGGCUUGAUGGUUUUAGAGCUAAUGUAAAAUGCUUUGGGAUAUACUGUGUGUGUGUGUAUUUUAAAUGAUGAAGGGGUAUAAGACGUUUUUCUGAUAAAUACAUAGCAGGGGGAAAUGUGUGGGAACAGGGAGUUGCAUCUGGCUUCUCCUAAAUAGUGCUAUCAGUUCAUCUGCUUCAGUGUUUUGCAACCUUGGCGACUUUAACACGUGUGGACUACAAGUCCCAGAAUUGCUGGCUGGGGAGCUCUGGGAGUCGCAGUCCGCACAUCUUAAAGUUGCCAAGGUUGAGAAACCCUGCUCUACUUGUCCUUCCUUCUGCAGCCUGGAGGACUGCAAAGCCCUCUUGCGGAGUGUUUGUAGCCACCCUGCCCUCUGCCCACCAGCGCGUGCGUCCUUUGCUGACAAGAUGUCCCACGUGAACGGGAUGGUCUCUGUGCCACUGGACAGCCUGCAGAAACAGGUGACCCUCUACCUCGCCUGCUCCAAGUGCAGCCAGCAGGAAAACGAGAGCACCUACGUGCUGAAGGAGGUGGAGCACCACUGCAUGAUGGAGAUCCUGCUCGCCAGGUGCAAGGGGAAGGAAGGGAUUCUGUGGCGCAAGGUGGACAGGCGACCGAGCUUCCCCAAUCCGGCUUGCUACGACAUCUGUCGCUAUUACGUUGCUGGCGCCGGCUGCUCCAAGCACCAUAACCGGUGCACCUUCGCAUGGAGCCGAGAGGAGGUGAUGGUGUGGACCUUUGAGAGGAAGCACAACAUCAAGAGACACGUUUUGAAGAGGCUGUUGCAGCAGGGCCAGCUGGGCCACAGGGCUGGUCCCCUGCCCAGGCCUCCUGAUCUCAGCAUCUGGGAGGAAAUCUGCAGUGAGUUUGGGGGUUAUUUCCAGGAGAUCUGCCAGCCCUGCUUUUACAGCAGCCCGCCCCGGAUUUCCCCCAAGGGCUCUGCUCAGAGCUGCAAGGUGCACCGGGGAGCGCUCCUGGUCCACGUGAUCGUUGACGGCAAGAAAAAGGAGCAAUACACAGAAAUCCGGCCCUGCCCGGCAAGCCUCAGGCCGUUCUCGUACUGCGCCUUCGUCUCUGCCAGCCAGCCCUGCAAGAACACCGCUCAGCCCUGCGGCUUUGCCCACAGUGAUGUGGAGCUGGCGGUCUGGAAGGCGGAGCAGAGACGUGGCUUGGCGCGCUCCGACCUUCUGCGCCGGGGGGCGGAGCAAACGCCGAGCACGCUGGACGCCCCGCCGAAAUUCCACUUUUACUGCCGAGCGUGCCUGGUGACCUGUGAUUCCCAGGAGAGCUUUGAAAACCACUGCUCCUCUGUGGAGCAUGCGCAGCUGAUCGCCACCGACACGCUGAUUGAGUGGUGUCACCGCGCCCCUCCGUACGAUCCGAAGACCUUUGCUCUGUGCAGCCGACCAGAUAUUUGUGAAUAUGGGCAGGAUUGUGCAAUGGCACAUUCGGUCAAGGAAUUGGAAGAGUGGAUCCAGAGGGCGAAAAUUGCUGAGAAAAAAAAGAAGACAGCCAAACAGGAGGGCCUUCUGGCUUACCAGGAUCGGCUUAUUGCUGAGUACCAGACAAGCCGCAACGAAGUCUUAAUAAUUUCUGAGGCCGUGGAUGGCGUGAGCGUGACGUGCCAGCAGCCGCUGCGGGUGCAGUCAGAGAACAAGAGGUUGCAGUACAAGUGGGUCUUCACUGUUCAUUCCCAGAAGCCGCUGAUCCACGUGGCCCUAUUAAAGAGAGUCCCAGGAGCAAAAUUCUUCCUAGCUGUGCAAGGGCACUCCCAGCUUCUCACCUACGCUUCCGGACAGAGCUUCAAAACCGUGCGGUCAUCUCCACCAGCCACCGAGGUGAAAGUGUGCUUGGUGAGUCACACCUUCGGGGUCUACGAGCAGUGGCUGGUAUUUGACUUCGGCAGCCGUCCGGUCUUGCUCCGAAAGCUCCAGGCCCGGGUGGGUCAGAAGGAGUCCCCCUGGCGGGUGGAUCCGGCCACAGAGCCCGUGAGUUGCUUUGUGGACCUGGGGCGCUGGCAUACUGGGAACCGCAUGGUGGUGCCCAGCGUGGAACGCACUGACAAGGAGGUGGAUCUGCUGGCUAAGUACAAGGCCCCUUCGCUCUCGAUGGAUUUCCAGCGAGGGGCUCAGGGCAAGCCCAUCGCCCGCAUGAACUACCGGGAACAAAUGCACAGCUUCCUUUCCCGGGAAGAAGAAGCUCAGCAGCUUUUGAUCUCCAAGCUCAACGUGCAAGCGGUUGUCUCCCUUGGACAGAGUGUGGAGCUACUUACAUUGGGGAUGAAGUACGCUCCCCCGGGACAGCUUUAUGCCCACGUCCCGACCCCUUACUCAUUGACCGCAGACUCAGAUGAAGGGUACCUGCUUCAACGCUCUGUCCUCACGGCCUUCCUGGCCCUGGACCCACCUACCAACAACCGAGUUUACGAAGUCUCCAUCGAGAAAGAAGCCAUCACUGAAAGGAGCGUUUGCCUUCUUGUGCCCCAGCGGUGCUGCAUCGAACUGGGCCUCCAAGGAGGCACACUUGCCAAGGUGGAAGUCCAGUUCCAAAUCAACCAGCUCCAGUUCUGUCAAUGGCACCAGGCGGUGGACAAGUUAUGGGAUGUGAAGCUGGUCUUUCCAGAUGUGGCCACCUGCUCUGUCCCACGGCCUCUUGGAUCAUUGCGGGUGCCAUGGGGGAAUGCGAAGCAGAAGCAAGCUCUUUCCUUCAUCACUGGCCAGGUGUCUGACUUCCGUAGGGCACCUCCUCUUUUGAUCUACGGACCAUUUGGGACAGGGAAGACCUUCACGUUGGCCAUGGCUACGCUGGAGAUCAUCAAGCAGCCCCAAACUCGUGUGCUUAUCUGCACCCACACCAAUAGCGCGGCUGAUAUCUAUGUUCGUGAACAUUUCCACAACUACGUCAGCUCAGCACACCCCGAGGCCACUCCGUUACUGGUGAAAUACGCCGGCCGUUCGGUCAGAUCAACCGACCAUGUUACGCUACGCUACUGCUGUCUCUGUCCGAGUGGGAAUGCCUUUUGCCCCCCUACUAAAGAACAGAUGGAUCGUCACCGCAUUGUCCUCACCACCUGCAUGGUGUCCCGGGAUCUUGGGGUGACCCCCGGCUAUUUCAGCCACAUCUUGAUUGAUGAAGCUGCCCAGAUGUUGGAGUGUGAAGCUCUUGUCCCCCUCUCUCUGGCUACCCUGGAAACCUCAAUCAUCCUGGCGGGGGACCACAUGCAGAUGACCCCCAGGCUCUUCUCCCUGCACAAGGAUGAGCAGUCAGCUGACUACACGCUGCUUAAUCGCCUCUUCCAGUGUUACAAGAAGGAGCAGCAUGAUGUAGCCAUCAAGAGCAGGAUUAUCUUUCACGAGAACUAUCGCUCUACAGCAGGAAUCAUUGAAUUUGUCUCAAGGCACUUCUACGUUGGCAGAGAGGAUGCCAUCAGUGCCAAGGGCAACAUACCUCCUCACCCAGAGUUCUAUCCACUCAUGUUUUGUCAUGUGGCUGGUAGUGCGGAGAGGGACAGAUCCAUGAGCUGGUACAACCUCUCAGAGAUUGAGCAGAUCAUUGAGAAGGUGCAGGAAAUGGAGCAGAAGUGGCCGGAUGUAUGGGGCAAGAGGGAACUCAAGUCCAUCUGCGUGGUCUCUUAUGGCAUACAGGUGAGACUCAUCCGUGAGAAGAUGAGAAAGCGGGGCCUGUCAGAGGUGACCGUGGAGAGCUAUGACAACUUGCCAGGGCGAGAAUUCCGUGUCAUCAUCAUCAACACCAUCCACACCCGAAACAGCCUCGCCUAUCUCAGCAACCCUAACCUGGAGUAUUUCAACAAUGCAAGGGUGCUGAACACCAUCAUAACAAGGGCUCAGUCCCAGGUCAUCGCAGUUGGAGAUGCAGUAGCUUUGUGUUCUUACGGGCAGUGUAGCAAGAUCUGGAAAAGUUUCAUCAAGAAGUGCAUUGCUAAGAGGUCCAUCACUCCUGAAACCCUGACCUUGGAGGAGAUAAGGCAGGUGGUGUCUGAUUUUGCCAGCUGGAACAGAGCGAGCCCUGAAUCUGAGGAAGAGGGUAGCGAUACAGACUCCUGGCUCUCCGACACAGAGAGUUUGAAUGUUGAUGAUCCUAUAUUGCAGGAACUCUUGGAUGAAAGCAAAGUCAUGAUGGUCACUGUCACUGAAGAAGGUCUCCUGAAGGUGAAAUCUGAUGUUUUGGUCCCUGAAAGCAACAGGCAAGAGUAUGUCAACUAUUCCUUGCAAACCAUGAAGCAGUACAUGCAAAUGCAGCCCAGGAAAUAUAAACGCUGUGAACUCAUCAAAGAAGGGUUUGAUCAAGCUUCUGCCUUCACUCUGGAUGAGGUUCCUUCUAUGACCAUCCAGAUCAAAGGCCGAGUGAACUGUGGCAUGGCCUUUACUGGAGACCAAGUCUUGGUGGAGAUCCUGACGCCCAAUCCAAGACAAGCUGCCCUUGAGGGCAGCCCCCAUGGGAAAGUGGUGGGUGUCUUAAAGAGGGUGGAGCAGGAUCGUUCCUUUGUCUGCACAGUGGACGAGUUUGAUCUCCGGGUCAUGAUCCCCAUUGACCAUUCUGUCACAAAAAUCUUUGUCCCUGAGUUGAAAGAUUGUCCUAAUGUGAUUCCUAUCCACACAGUUGACCAGGCAGGAAAGUUCAAGUUGAAGAACAAGAAGAAGAUAACACAAGAAAGCCGGAAGAGGUGCCUUUUUGCAGUGCGAGUAAUCAAGUGGCGAGAAGGAUUUUACUACCCGUUGGGAAUUGUUACGGAGGUCCUUCCCUUGGCUUCAUCACUAGGAGAUGGGCUUCGUAUUCUGGAUGUGGAAUAUUGUUUGUCAAACGAAUAUCCUGCCUCAGUGACCAGUGAGGUGGCCAAAUUAAUCUCUGGUCACCUCUCUCUUAUGAAAGGGAAGAGGAAAGACUGUCGGGCUUUCUUGACUUUCACUGUUGACCCCUUGGGUGCUAAAGAUCUGGACGAUGCCAUCACUGUCAGAGAUAUGGGUAAUAAAUACGAGAUUGGAAUCCACAUUGCCGACAUGGCAUCAGUGAUCCCCAAAGACUGUGCUGUAGAUACAGAAGCCAAGAACCGAGGGGCAACUUACUACGCUCCUGAGAAGGAGCCCAUAGGUAUGUUCCCACCACAGCUCAGUCAGGAUCUCUGCAGUCUGCUUCCACAGAAGGAUCGUUUAGUGAUCUCCCUCUUUGUCUCAGUGGAUAAGGCUACAGAUAAGAUGGAAGGUAUGUCCUUUGCCCUGUCCGUAAUCUGCUCUGAUCGGCAGAUGACGUAUGAGGAAGCAGAGGGAAUCAUUAAGAACUACUAUAGAAUGGAGGCACCAUUACUUGGCUUUGACACCUUAGAGGACUGUGUUGCAGUGGCGUAUCAGUUCUCCCGUAUCCACCGAAAGUCCAGGCUUCACGAAGACUGUUAUUAUGACCAGUUGGAUGAGGAAAUUCCUUUAGGUCAGCGAUGUUCUCACCAGAUGAUUGAGGAGUUUAUGAUCCUGUUCAACAGCUCUGUGGGAGAUUUACUCAUGAACAACAUUUCCACCAGGAAUUUAACCCCUCUUCGUUGUCAGGCGGAGCCCAAUCCACAGCGAAUGUCCCAGAUGAAGGACAAGUACAGAGAGAUAAUUCCCCUGUCCACUCAUCUCUCACAUCAUCUGGGAGCUCCAACCGGUGAAGUCCCCGUGAAGACCAGCCACCCAUUUGUUCUCUUGACUUCUUUGUGGGACCAUCUCAAGUCAGCUGUGAGUGACCGCAACUUUCCCAAGAUACUUGACCUCAUUACAACAGAUGACAUCCACCCCAAGCUGGCGCCCGUGAACUCAGAAUUUCGGAAGCUCCUGAACCGCACUUACUUUCUUCGUUCCAAUUCAUGUGCUCGGUCCAAGGUGGGCCAUUAUUCUUUGCAUGUGGACUCAUAUACCUGGGCUACCUCUCCUAUUCGACGCUACAUGGAUGUGGCAGUACAGCGGCACAUUCUUUCGGUGCUUUUGAAGAAGCCCGUGCAGUACUCUCAAGGAGGUAUUGAAUUCCUUUGCCAUGACUUCAACCGGAAGUAUAGCAAUACACGUACCUACAACCGAAAAGUCCGAUCUUUGGAGCUGGCAGCUCAGUUGAAAUACCAGGUUCAGCAGAAGUUUGCCUUCAUCACCAACAUUGAAAGGAUGGCCAAGAACUUCAAAAUGUUGUUUCCUCUCAACAAGGAGACCCUUCCAGAUACUUACAGCAUCAAUUACAGAGCCCUCCAACUGGUGGCCCAGCCCUUCUUAAUCGAGGAGCAGAACAGCGUGCGGCUGACAUGGAGGAGGAGAGUUUACUCCAUGAUAACCAAAAAAGGAAGUGACAAAAAGAUGUCAGGCAUUGGAGAAAAGAACAUCAUUCACUUCCGUGGAGACGUGUGGCGUGAAAUCCUUGCAGCUAUCCAAAAUCAAGAAUAUGAGAAGUUAGUCCUUCUCCUUGAGAAGAAUCACAUCCAGCGGUCAAAAAGUCUGGGGCAAAUGAGGAAGAGUAAGUGCUUACACUACAGAGAACUGUCAGUGGAGCUUAAUGUUGGAGAUGUUCUGAAUUUCCAACUUGCCACCGAUGUCCAUCGAGGCUUCCUGGUGCCCUUUGUGCAACUGUGGUCAGUAACUCCUGGCUUUGAUGUGUGCUUGGAGCAUGUUGAAAAACCUAUUGAUUGUUUCUCCAGGUAUGCUUCCCAAGCCUCUAAGGACAAUUACAGGAACACCUCUGAUUAUCGCAGAGUGUGGCUGCCUCUUUGUGACAUGGAAGCAGCUUUGUGCGCAUUGGCUGAAAAUGACUCGGUUAUCGUGCAAGAGGUCCAGAUCGUUUGGAAGAAGCAACUGACCAAGGAAGGGAAGCUCUGCGGGACGAUCACCUUCACCAGGGAGUUCCUGAAAGAAUGUGCCAUCGAAGUGGAUUUUAGCUAUUGCUACCUGUGUAUCCGCCUUUCGGGUCUGCGCCUGGAUGGAACCCAGAACAAGGAGGAAGCCCUCAGCCAGAGUUUCCAACAGCUCAGCUUGGCCAAGGAACCUGCUGAGAGCGGGAAACUCAUGAUCGAUCCAGAUACAUACACUUGGGUGGCCCAUGGAUGUACAGAGGAGUUUGAGGACAAUGAGAAAUCAGAUCAGUGUGGCAAAGUGAUGGUGAAUUUCUACAUCCAUUUUAUGUCCAUGGAGAACAUCCCCAUUGAGGUCAUGCAGGAGACAUCGAGGUUCAGUGUCGAGCUGAUUCCAAAGCUGCUGCCUGACGUCCGGAAAGAGAAAGCAAUUUGGCAUCUCGAGUAUGCCUCGGAGCUUGCCAAGGGAAUAGUGCUGGGUCAACCCAUUCCUGAAAAACAAGCAAAGCCUUCCAAUAUCUUGAAACGUAAGAAUUUUGAUAUCCCAGGCAGUGGCCGGAAACUCAAUCCAAGUCAGCAGUGGGCCAUCAUGGAGGCAUUGAGAAAGCCCUUCACUCUAAUUCAAGGCCCACCAGGCACCGGGAAAACCGUGGUUGGCGCUCACAUCGUCUACUGGCUUCACCAGCUCAAUCAGGAGAGGAGUGGAAACAAGGGAACCCCGGACGACGUCUCCGAAGCCAAGAGCCACAUUCUGUACUGCGGACCUUCCAACAAGUCGGUCGAUGUGAUUGCUGAGAUCCUGAUGAAGAUGACCACUUUCUUCAGGCCUCUGAGAGUCUAUGGAGAUAACAUCGAGACAAUGGAUUUCCCAUAUCCUGGCAGCAACCUCCAGAUUUUUCAAAAAUCGCAGCGGGACUCAAAAUCCAAGCCAGAAAUCAGGAGCAUCACUCUGCACUACCUGAUCCGACAGCGAACCAAUCCUUACGGGCAACAGAUCUGUCAGUUCGACGCACGGGUCAACCGCGGGGAAGAGAUCACGGAGGCGGAAGUGGCCAAGUACAAACGCCUACUGACCAAGGCACGGAUUCAUGAAUUGGAGUGCCACGAUGUCAUUCUUUGCACCUGCUCAGCCUCCUACACCAAGCUCUUUUCGGAAGUUCUGAAUGUCAGGCAGGUGCUGAUCGACGAGUGUGCCAUGUCCACAGAACCCGAGACACUCCUGCCUUUGGUGAGAUACAAGACAAUGGAGAAGGUGGUCUUGUUAGGAGACCAUAAGCAGCUGAGACCAGUGGUCCACAGUGAUUUCUGCAAGAACCUCGGCAUGGAGAGGUCUCUCUUCGAGCGCUACCAACGUAAGGCUUUGAUGCUCAACACCCAGUAUCGCAUGCACCGGGCCAUCUGCACGUUCCCGUCCAAGGCUUUUUACAACGAUAGGCUGAAGACCAGUCCCAGCCUCAUUCGUAGAAGCAGCAUGCUCUACCACCACAGCGAAUCUGCCUGUUGCCCCAUCAUCUUUGGGCACGUUGAAGGGAGGGAGAGGUCCCUCAUGGUCUCCACGGAAGAUGGGAACGAGAACUCCCGGGCCAAUCUGGAAGAAGUGCAGCAGGUGGUGAGAAUUGCAAAGCAGCUGACGCUGGACAGAACCACCAAGCCGGCGCAGAUUGCCAUCCUGACUGCUUAUAAUGCCCAGGUGGCUGAGAUCAAGAAGCACCUUGCCCAGGUUGGCGUGCGAGACAUCACCGUUUGCACCAUCAUGAAAAGCCAGGGCAGCGAAUGGAAAUAUGUCAUCGUAUCUACAGUCCGCUCCUGUAGCCAGCAUGAGAUUGAUGAGAGGCCCACAAAGAGCUGGCAGAAGAAACAUCUGGGCUUUGUGUCGGACCCAAAUCAGAUCAAUGUCUGUCUCACUCGGGCGCAGGAGGGUCUCUGCAUUAUAGGGAACAGUUACCUUCUGGAGAGCAACUCUCUGUGGCGCAGACUUUUGCAACAUUACAAGAAGCAUGGGUGCUACACCACCGCCAGCGCAAUUAAGGUUAAAAGGAAGUCCAGCAUAUGCCAGUAAGAAGGAACCACCACAAACAACUUUUCUUUUUAAUGUCCUAGCGAUGGAUCUCAAGAGCGAUUACAAGAUACAGGAUUUGCCAACCCUGAGCCAGAACCCGUAGCCUCGUGGCUAAUGAGAUACCGCCAGAAGAAAGCCAAGAUGGGACCUUGGCGCUUUCUUCUGGAAUCAAAAAAGUCGUCUCUUAAUACGGGAGCCUAAAGUUUUAGGCAUGCAUUUUGGGAAGGGGACUCGAGCAUUCGUUGGGGGAUCACAUAGAUGCUGCAGAAAAACAAAACGGCUGGUCCAUCUGAGGAGUGUUUGCUGUUCAGGGGUGGAGGAAAACUGUGCCACCAGAAGAGCAGGGGUCCCGCUGCCGUUUUCCAAACCAGAUCUUUUGGAGGAAAACAGGACACAGGUCUUCUCUCCUUGCCACGCCAGUAAAUACACCCUCAUCAAAACGAUAAGCUGAUGCAGCCACCAAAUGCAAGCCACUCCCUUGGACCUCUGUCCCAGAAUGCUUUUGUACAAAUAUUAAUAUAUUUU